AUGAGCUCGUCGGCCACCAAUACCCAAUGGCCUCCUCGGCGGCCUUCCAAGCGGAGCAAGCUCCGAAAUGGCACAUUCAUCGUCCCCGGCACUGGCGAACGUAGCCGCCGCCAAUUCUCCCUCCGUGGGUCGAGCAUCGAGAUUCCUCAGCCCGAAGUAGACGGUUACCGAUCCCUCCUGACCGCCGAAACGACCAGCGAGUCCUUCAAUAUCGUCAAGCACAACGCGAAGACCACCGCCCUACGCUUCUGGGACUGGCUGCUCUCCCCAGCAGGCAAAGGUGUCGUGAAAUGCACCGUCGCAUACCUCCUCGCCAGUCUGGCAACGUUUCUCGCGCCCGUGUCGGCGUUCUUGGGCAAGCCUGAUGGAAAACACGUCGUCGCGACUUUGACGGUCUAUUUCCACGCCAGUCGGACGUGGGGUUCCAUGGUCGAGGCUGUUGCCAUCGCUACCAUCGCCGUACUGUACGCCGAGACCAUAUCCGUUAUAUCCAUGGUCUUCUCAGUCCUCGUCGGAGGCAAGCUCGGGCUCAUUCCGUUGUCGCAUGUCCUCAUCCUGACAUUCUGUAUCGGCGGCGGUCUGGGCUUCGUUGGUUGGGUGAAGCAGAGGCUGAACAACCCCCUGGUAAAUGUCGGCUGCACGCUUGCCUCGAUUGCCAUCAUUGCCGUUGUCACUAGAGAGGAAGCGAUUCACGAGGGGCACUUUUCCGAGGCCAAGAUCGUCCAAGUUCUUAAGAUGUUGGUUAUGGGCAUCACCAUUACGGCGACCGUCAAUCUCCUGAUAUGGAGAGUCUCGGCGAGGGCACUGUUGCGCACUUCCUUGAAUGCUGGUGCAGUGUCCCUCGCGGAUAUGCUUUCUAUGAUUACCCGCGGCUUUUUGAACGGCUCUGAGAGCGAAAUCAUGUCGGGUGACUUUGCGCAAGUCGCGAGACAGUACAAGACUACUCAUGCUAAGAUGACGAAGAGUCUGAGGGAAUCGAAGCUCGAACACUGGGUUCUCGGGCGUGAAAAGAUCUACAUCCUGGAAAAGGCGUUGGUCAAGUCGCUGGAGUCUCUUUCCCAAGCCAUUGGUGGCUUGAGGAGUGCGGCCAACACACAGUUCAGUCUUCUAAAGGAGCUGCCUCAAGAUCCCAUGGCCGGGCAACUAUCUCCUGGCAGUACGGUGUACUCGCCGACCUUGUCUCGCGCUUUCUCGCAGUAUCUCAAGGGCUCGCGGGAUCGGUUUGCUACAUUAGCGUCGAUCGACGAAGAUGACGAGCCCGAGGACGAGUUCGAUGAUACAGACGCAACCCCAGAGGCGGAACACCCGCCACCUCUACCCCCUUUCCGCUCCCCAGGGGAGAUCUUUGAACUUUUCAUAGCCCUCUUGGGUCCCUCGAUGAAGUCCUUAGCAUACACGCUAUCUGAGAUCCUCAGAGAACAGGCUUUUGCUGCUGGUCCGGAUUCGAAGAUUACGGUCAACCCGCACUUUAAGCACAGUUUGCAGGAUGCCAUGACAUUGUACAACAACGCAAGGACCAACGCGCUUCAGGAGCUCUACACUAGUAUUGAGCUAGGAAGAUCUAGGUCGGAGAAGAUCCAGGCUGAUAUUGAAGAAGUCGCGGCUGCUUGUGGGCACUUCAGUUUCAGUCUGCAGCAUGUAGCCGAAGACAUUGAUGCCUACUUGACGGCUCUUGAGGAACUCAAGUACGCCCGGGAGAUGGGCUCGCGCAGUUGGAACUGGCUCAAGCCCUGGAAAUAUUGGAACUCAUCCCCCGCAAAGCCAAGGGACCCAGAUCCAAACACCCUCGAUACCGAACGCUUACUACAUCAACCCAUGGAUGCAAUGGAGCAACCUGUGCGAGCAAUCAGGAAAUCCGCUCUCCCCCGAGGUAUUCCGGAUACCAUGAUAAAACGCAGAGACACUUUCAGCUGGGAUGCUUCACCUAAUGCGAGCACGAUUUUGCGGUUGCUCUCACAGUUUGUCCUCAACUGCCUCAGAGUCCUGUCCCGAGAUGACAUCAGGUUUGGUGUCAAGGUCGGCCUCGGCGCCGCUGCUUGGGCAGCUUGUGCUUUUUUGCCUGCAACAAAAGAGACUUACCGACACUGGAGAGGCGAGUGGGGACUGUUGUCUUUCAUGAUUGUCGCAUCCAUGACAGUCGGAGCAGCCAACACUACCGGUACCGCAAGAUUCAUUGGGACUAUUGCCGGAGUCACAUUCGCAAUGGUGGCGUGGAGUAUCAGCCAAGGCAACGGCGUUGUCCUUGCUUUCCUCGGCUGGAUGGUAAGCUUCUUUAGCUUCUACAUGAUGUUGGUCAAGAACAACGCUCCGUUUGGUAGGAUUACGUUGUUGGCCUGGAACGUCACCGUUCUCUACGCCUACUCGUUGUCGCAAAAGGUAGACGACGAUGACGAUGACGAGGGCGGUGCCAAUCCCAUGAUGUUCGAGAUUUGCUACCACAGAUUCAUCGCUGUCACCCUUGGUAUCAUCUGGGGUGUCUUCGUGUGCCGAGCGAUCUGGCCCAUAUCGGGCAGAAAGAAGUUCAAAGAAGGCCUUUCCGUGCUGUACCUGCAACUCGGCCUCAUCUGGAAAAGAGGCCCCUUGGCCAUCUUGCUCCGAAGCGACAACACCAGGUCAUACAUGAAGACAGGAGAAGAGCAGGCAUUGCAACGUUAUGCUUCUAAGCUUGAGGCUCUGCGUAAUGCCGCAAAGAGCGAAUUCGAACUUCGAGGUCCUUUUCCUGAUGCCGCAUACGGCCGCAUCAUGCAGUCCACCAGCAAGAUUCUCGAUGGCUUCCACGCCAUGAGACUCGUAACGUCGAGACGCGGUCAGCUAUCUGACGGCGAGCGGGCCUUGCUCGAAUACACGGCUCCGGAGCGUGCUCAGCUGUGCGACCGCAUUUGCCACGUGUUCCAGGUGCUUGCCAGCUCGGUGAUGCUGGAGUACCCGCUUACAGACGCCAUCCCGUCUGUGGUCGGCAACAAGGACCGGUUGCUGGGCAAGAUCUACCAAUUCCGAAAAGAACACCACCCUUCUACUCAGCCGUCUACGCCCAAGGGCGAUGACCCCAGCGUCAACGGCAAUGGCCAUAGCAACGGAAACAGUAAGGACGAUAUCGUUGUCGAAGAGAAGGAUUACGCGCUGUUGUAUGCGUACACUUUGGUCACGGCUCAGGUCGCCCAAGAGUUGGAGAAUGUGCAGAGGGAGGUAGAGAACCUGUUUGGUGUGCUGAACACCGAGGCGCUACUGCUACAAUAG